AUGCGUACGACAAACCGUGACGCGGAAACGCCAAAAGCUUACGGCAAAGCGGCCGACGGCGAGGCGGCCGACGGCGAGGCGGCCGACGGUGAGGCGGCCGACGGCGAGGCGGCCGACGGUGAGGCGGCCGACGGCGAGGCGGCCGACGGCGAGGCGGUCGACGGCGAGGCGGCCGACGGCAAAGCGGCCGACGGCGAGGCGGCCGACGGCGAGGCGGCCGACGGCGAGGCGGCCGACGGCGAGACGCUGACAAUCCAAGAACCUUCCCAGCACACCCACCUGGCGAUUGUGACGUCAGCUCGGCCGCUAGUGGAGGAUGAUGACGAAGGCAGUACGACAAACCGUGACGCGGAAACGCCAAAAGCUUACGGCAAAGCGGCCGACGGCGAGGCAGCCGACGGCGAGGCGGCCGACGGCGAGGCGGCCUACGGCGAGGCGGCCGACGGCGAGGCGGCCGACGGCGAGGCGGCCGACGGCGAGGCGGCCGACGGCGAGGCGACCGACGGCGAGACGCUGAAGUAA